UGCGUAGGAUUUCCCUCCCCUUUUUUAAACAGAAAAAAAUGCAUGCAAAUUUUAUUUAAGAAAGCACAAGAAAGAAUGUGGCAGAUGAAAAAGUUUGUCGUUAUUUUUGGAAACAACUAAGCAGCAAUGCACAUCAUGCUGCCCUUCUCCCUGUUUCCUCUCCUACCACUGGGAGUCUUGGUUCUUCUCACCCUGAGCCCUGGUAGCACCUGGCAGAUGAGGCAUGGAUGUAAAAUCCAAGACAGCCGGGCAGACUGCAGCCAUCUCCGCCUGCAAGAGAUUCCCAAAGACCUUCCCAAGAACAUCAGCAGUUUGGACAUGUCCCACAACCAACUGAAGGAUCUGAACCCUACUAUCUUGGCUCUGUAUCCUCGACUGAUCCACCUGGAUGCCAGCUUCAACUCCCUCACCAAGCUACCGGCAAACCUGUGCCGGUCCUUACCCACCCUGGCGAGCCUAAGCGUGCAGCACAACGAGGUUCACCUGCUGACGCCCGAGGAGCUGCGGAGCUGCCCCAGCCUGAAUCGACUCGACCUCUCCUGGAACAGACUCAAACUGCGGCAAGAGCCCUUCUCAGUUUUACCACACCUGACAUGGCUGGAUGUGUCUAGAAACAAACUGGAGUCAGCUCAGCUGGGAACACAUCCUCAACUAUCCAACCUGGUGACGCUUGUUCUCUCAGGGAAUUCCAUCUCCACCCUCAGAAAAGACGACUUUUACUUUCUCAGAAACUCUUCCUCCUUCCGGGUUCUUGGGCUGUCGUCUUUGCCUCUUCAAAUGGUGGAACCAGGCUGUUUCAAGUCCAUUAGCGGCUUACGAGACCUCGUGCUGGAUGGGAGUAAACUCAGCCCCCAGGUCACCUCUAGACUGUGUGAAGAGUUGUCAGGGACAGCAGUGAGAAAUUUGUCCCUUCGAAACACAGAUCAAGAUAAUCUUAUGAACACCACUUUUAAAGGACUUGGCGGGACCAACCUCACCAUCCUUGACCUGUCUAAAAAUCAGAUUGACCAAAUUGCCGAGGGGUCCUUUCAGUGGUUCCCUUUGUUAGAGACCCUUUCGUUGGAAGAGAACAAACUAAAAAAACUGACCAGAGGAACCUUUUUGGGUCUGGGAGCCCUGAAGAAGUUGAAUCUUUCUUGGGCUCUGGUGAAGAAACCUGCAGCUGCGAUAGACGAUUUCUCGUUUCAGCCUUUGGCCAAGCUAGAGAGCCUCCACAUGGAGAACACAGGUUUGCGGAAGAUCACAGAACACACUUUCUCUGGUCUGUACAGUCUCAGGACUUUGGAUCUCAGCUGGAGCAGCGCACAGAUCAGGACAAUCACAAAUCGCACUUUCGUCUCCCUGCAAGACUCUCCGCUUCGGAUGCUCAACUUAUCUUUCACGGCCAUCGCGAAGUUGGACCCUAACGCCUUCUCCUGUCUCAGCAACCUCACGAAGCUCUUACUCGGCCACAACUUUAUCUCUCAGACGUUAACAGGGGAGGAGCUCCAGGGUUUAAACCGCGUAGAGGAACUAUACUUGUCUUUCAACCAGAACAAGAUCACCCUCACCUCUUCAUCUUUUGUGCACGUACCCACCUUAAGGGCUCUAUAUUUGGAUCAUGCUCUCACUGGCACUCUUGAUUUGAACCCAUCUCCAUUUAGGCCGCUGGUGAACCUCAGACUGCUAAAUCUCAAUUACAACAACAUUGCGAACAUCAACGCCGACUUGUUGGCUGGCCAGGGGCAGUUAAAAGUGCUAACGUUGCAGCACAACAAUCUGGCCCGACUGUGGAAGAAUGCCAAUCCUGGAGGUCCGGUGCUCUUCCUCAAAGACGUGAAGAAUCUCUCGGUGUUGGAAAUGGACACCAAUGGUCUGGAUGAGAUCCCACUGGCUGGUCUGAAGGGUCUCACUCAGCUACAGGAGCUCAGCCUGAGCGGGAACCUCCUGGAAUAUCUGCAAGAUUCCCUUUUCAGUGACUUGCACUCCUUACGGGUGUUGCAUCUCCAGAAGAACAUGAUUACUUCAGUGCGGCGUGAGGUGUUUGCAUCUGCCAUGGCCAACCUGAGUGAGCUUCAGAUGGAUCACAAUCCUUUCGACUGCACCUGCGAGAGCAUCCUCUGGUUCACGACGUGGCUCAACUCCACCAGUGCCUCCGUACCGGGUCUCCAACAAGGCUACAUCUGCAACACCCCAUCUCUCUACUACAACCGUUCCAUAAUGCAGUUCGACCCACUGUCUUGCAAGGACAUGACCCCUUUCCAAGGUCUGUUUGUACUGACCAGCACUGCAGUUCUACUGCUACUUUUUACAGCAUUUCUGUGGCACUUUCAGGGCUGGAGGAUCCAGUUCUACGGGAGCAUCCUGAUUAACCGCACACUGGGACUAAAGGAUGAUGGUUCUGAAGAGGAAAGAUUUGAGUACGAUGCCUUCAUCAUUCAUACCGAAAAGGACAGGCCGUGGGUGGAACGACGCUUGCUCCCUUUGGAGAACGAACACUUGAAAUUUUUCACAGAGUACCGGGAUGCCAUUCCCGGCCAUUCUCACCUGGAAACCAUAGUGGAUAACUUGAAGAAAGCUAGAAAAAUCAUUUUUGUUGUCACUGACAUGCUUCUGAAGGAUUCCUGGUGUAGGCAGUUUAAGGCCCACCAUGCCCUCCACCAGGUGAUGGAGGACAGUCGAGAUUCGGUGGUGUUGGUGUUCCUGCAGGACGUGCCGGAUUACCAGCUGAGCCGCUCCCUGCUGUUACGCCGGGGCAUGCUGAAAUCCCGCUGCAUCCUCCACUGGCCCCAGCACAAGGAACGCAUCCCAGCCUUCCACCAGAAACUCCGCGUCGCACUCGCUACCAGCAACAGGGUGAACUAGGUUCAAGAAGGGCCAACAUCGGGACAUAAUUAAAGCAAUGCAGUGCUAUCUUUAAGCAUUAGGGUGCUCUUUAUUAAAGCAAUGCAGUGCUAUCAUUAAGCAAGAGGGUGCUCUUUAUUAAAUCAAUGCAGCUCUAUCAUUAAGCAAGGGGGUGCUCUUUAUUAAAUCAAUGCAGCUCUAUCAUUAAGCAUUAGGGUGCUCUUUAUUAAAGCAAUGCAGUGCUAUCAUUAAGCAAGAGGGUGCUCUUUAUUAAAGCAAUGCAGGCUAGGAGCCGACACUGUGGUGUUAGCUAGUGGCUGCAGACUAUUCUAGUGAACACCAAAGCUUUACGGGUAGGAAGAAAAAUGCUGUUCAGUAUCUGCAACCAACUGUAUCCUAUUGAUUUACACACACACACACACACACACACACACAUAUAUAUAUAUAAUUAGCCAUUGGUAAUUUUGGACCCUUGCACUGUCUGUAAGCAGCAGAUUGCCAGCCUACACAUCCUGUAGAGUAAUGAUAAUUAGAGAUAAUGCAGAGUAUUCUGUAUGGAGCUGACUACUCACAGUGGCAUGCUUAAUACCUACCUAUUUGCAGCAAAGUGCUGGUCUAAUUCUGCAAGACCUUGAACUGAGAAACAACACAAUUUAGGUCAAAGAUUAGGUCAAAAAGUACACCAGCAAAUGCCUCUUGACAAACUUCCUUAUGCACUAAUGUGCAACCAACAUGAUCUUUUUUUCCUCUUGCUAAUGUAACUCCUUUUUAUAAUGCAGGUUUUGUGGCAAUUUGUGGUAAUACUGACACCUAGCGGCCAUUGUCUUGAAUUUCACCGGAUAAAUAAAGCGUGCAUGGAUACUUCU